GAGCCCGUGCUACUGGAAGGCCAGGUGCCCUCCUCCAGCUGGCACCAUGCAGCUCUCUCUCGCCCUGUGUCUCGUCUGCCUGCUGGUGCACGCAGCCUUCCGUGCGGUGGAGGCCCAGGGGUGGCCGGCCUUCAAGAACGAUGCCACGGAAAUCAUCCCGGAGCUGGGCGAGUACCCCGAGCCGCCGCCAGAGCUGGAGAACAACAAGACCAUGAACCGGGCCGAGAACGGAGGGAGGCCUCCCCACCACCCCUUUGAGACCAAAGACGUGUCCGAAUACAGCUGCCGCGAGCUGCACUUCACCCGCUACGUGACCGACGGGCCCUGCCGCAGCGCCAAGCCGGUCACCGAGCUGGUGUGCUCCGGCCAGUGCGGCCCGGCGCGCCUGCUGCCCAACGCGAUCAGCCGCGGCAAGUGGUGGCGCCCGAACGGGCCCGACUUCCGCUGCAUCCCCGACCGCUACCGCGCGCAGCGGGUGCAGCUGCUGUGUCCCGGCGGCGCGGCGCCCCGCGCGCGCAAGGUGCGCCUGGUGGCCUCGUGCAAGUGCAAGCGCCUCACCCGCUCCCACAACCAGUCGGAGCUCAAGGACUUCGGGCCGGAGGCCGCGCGGCCGCAGAAGGGCCGGAAGCUGCGGCCCCGCGCCCGGGGCGCCAAAGCCAACCAGGCGGAGCUGGAGAACGCCUAUUAGAGCCAGCCGCCCGCCGCGCCUCCCCAGCGGGCGCCCCGGAACCAGGCGCCCCAGGCUUCUGCCCUCUGCGCGCGGUCUGAUUGUUUGUAUUUCAUUUUAAAUGCCUGCAACCCAGGGCAGGGGGCUCAGACCUGUCUGGCUGCGCAGGAGGUAGCUAGGCCCGGUGGAUCCCGGCUGCCAGCAAAGCCCCACACUCCCCGCCCUCCGAGGGGGUCCCUCAGGGCAGGCGAGGGAGCUGAGAGUCAGGGACACUGAGCCAUGCAACCCCGCCCACCGGGGCCACCUACCUUUGCAGGUCCUACUUCCGAGCAGGCAGAAAAGGAAGCCCUGUGGUUUAGGGAGCGGUGGGGAGUGAGAGAAGUCUGGGGACUGGUUAUGAAAGGUCAGUAAGAUCCCCCGCGUCUGCCCAUCAGACACACAGUGCCAUGCCGUGCCAAGAGCACAGGACUUGGGUUCUUAGGGUUCUAGUCCUGGUUCUGCCACUCCCUUUCUGGGUGACCUUGGGCUACACUCUUCUUUUUCUGAACCUUGACUUCCUAUUUGUAAAAUGCAGGUGGGGUUGGGAUUAGGAUCUCAAGGAAUCUACUGCCAUGAUUCCAGGGACUUGGAUGGCUUUCAAAUGAGCAGGAAGAGAGAGGUUGGCUUGAAUCCCUGCCUGGUCAUGUCCAGAACCCCGAGUUGUAAUUUUCUGACCUGACAGCCAAAGAUGAAAAACUAGCAGGGAAAAGAAGGGCCCGUUUCUGGCUGCCAAACUCCUGAAAGAUGCUGAGCUGUCUCCCAGCCCUGCCUCCCCAGGUGGUUGGCUACCUCCGCCCCUCCAUCGCAAAGGGUGCAGAAAUGCCAUCAAACUGGGGUAGAGGAGUAGGUCCCCAGGGUGCCGGAGGGACAGAAAUCACCCUCCUAUUCCCAAAGAGCAGCACCCUCCCCCCCAUGGCCAUCUUUUAAAGUCACCUUCUGUAAAGAAGCUCAAGGUCCCAGGACACUGGGCUUGCAGGCCCAAAGGAGUAGCCCCCGCCCUUUCAAAGACCAGCAAAUCCCUUCUGAGUCCCCGCCUCCUGCCUACCACUCACGGACACAUUUUUGUCUAGAAAAUUGCUUUUUACUGCUGUUUCAUGGGAUGGCAUAUCUUACAUUAAAAUAAUAUUAUUGGGGGGAAAUGACAAGUGCUGUACAUACGCUGAGAAAUCACUAAGCCAAUAGCUGCCAUUCAAAAAUCUUUUUGAAAAUCAUUUUCAGACACCUCUUACUUUCUGUGUAGUUUGUAAUUGUU